AUGUAUUGGGCACAAAUAUACAUUUUACCUAAGAAUGUUUUACAGGAAAUCACUAAGGUCUGUAGGGCCUUUCUGUGGAGUGAUCUUGCCUACAGUUCUAAGCCUAGCAAUGUAGCUUGGCAUAAUACUUGCAGCAGUAAACAAACAGGUGGGCUAGGCUUUAGAGAUGUUAUGCUUUGGAACACUGCCAGCAUGGGUAAAUAUGUAUGGGCUUUAACUACCAAGCAAGACAAUGUUUGGGUGAAAUGGGUGACUUCUGUAUAUUUAAAGAAUGGGGAAUGGUGGGGAUACCAGCCAGUGAAGCAGGCAAGACUCCAAACUACAGCUAAGCUUGCAAAAAUAGGGAUCAGUACUUCUGCUAGUUGUCUGAUCUGUGGUCAAGGUGAUGAGAUUCAUGAUCACUUAUUCUUCAGGUGUACCUACAGUAACAUGUGUUUGGUGGAAAUGAAGAAAUGGAUGGGUCUGCAAUGUGGUAACAAGUUGCAGUACAUAUUUAGAGAUAUUAGUCAUAGUAGAAGGUCAAAGUUCAGAAAACAGGUAGUCUUUGCAGCUGUGGUUGCCCUUGUGUACCUGAUCUGGAGGUGUAGGAAUACAAGCUAUUGGGAGCGGACUGUUCCUACUGUUAGCAGCACAAUCAGUAGCAUGAAACAAGUUGUAAAAAGUAUAAUACAAGCAGUGUUGCCUAAGAAUGUUAGCAGGUCUGAUAGCCAAUGGUUUUUGGCUUUAUAG